CAUGUUGUAUAAAGACACUCGGUCUCGGCUCUGCCUCCCGAGUUCAAACACUCUACACUCCGCUUCCCAGUUAGCAAAUACACUCAUUCUUAUUCAUUCAUUCAGAGCUGGGCUCGCUGUUCGUUUCGUUCCUUUCACUUGUCUCGCCAAACACCCGAGCUGCGCUCCGUGCCGGUCAUUCCAACCCAUCGCACAAUCCUUACGUCUCUAAUUACCCGUCGAAAGGUACUUCUCUUCGGACAAGAUGAAGUUUUCUAGCAUGAUCGCUGGCGCAUUCGCCGCCCUGGCUGUCGCCGCCCCGGCCCCGUCCCCCGAGGCCGAGUCCACGACGCUCGAGGCUCGCCGCAGGUUCGAUGCCGGCAGCCUCAACAACCUCGUCUUCAGGCAGCAGGACCUCAACUACCUGCUGAGCAUCAACUCGCUGGACCUGGGCCUCUUCCAGACUCUCGGUGUCAACAACAACCUUGACCUGCUUCUGUUCCAGGAGCUCUUCAACAUCCAGGCCUUCGACGUCAACUCGCUAGUGCGAUUCGCUCAGUUGCACACGCUCCUCGCCGUGGCGGGUACGGGCGUGUUCAACGCCUUUGACCUGUCGACUCUCAACCUUGGCGUGCUUAACCUCGGCUUGAUCGGCGGCGUGGGCGGCGUCCAGCUGAACCAGUUCAUCGACAAGGGCGUGAUCCCCCAGAUUGGGAACAUUGCUGGUGGCGUCAAAACACCCAUCAUCCUGAAGUGAGGCUCCAAGAUCCCUCGCAGCUUUGACGGAUAAAGAGGACGCUCUCCGAGGAUGUGACAUGUUCGAAGGCCUCUCGAAUUGGACGCCGUUGAGACAAUGUUCUUCUCUGUCACUCCUGGCCUGCGCGCGCGGAUGGAUGCCUCUUGAUGCCGUGGAUCAUGUGCAAGUAUAUCGGUAGUGUUUCCUUUCUCGGCUAGGAAGACGCAAGUAGUUCCCGCACUUGAUAACUCCAACAUUAUUGUCAAUCAAAUGUCAUUUUCUGGAUUGAGGUUU